AUGAGCGCUGUUCGUCAGCGUGUGGAGGGGACCGGACUCUAUCCGCUCUUCAGGUGCACCUAUCCGGAGAUAGACACACCCCUUCUAUCUGCCCUCGUCGAGAGAUGGCAUGAGGAUACCAGCAGCUUCCACAUGCCGUUCGGGGAGAUGACUAUCACCCUGGAUGACGUAUCAUCUAUCCUUCAUCUGCCGAUGAGUGAUAGGUUUUAUACUCCCGGACAGGCCAGCAGAGAACAGGCAGCGGAGACCUGUGUUCUGCUCUUAGGAGGGGUAGCCACAGACUACAUCAUGGAGUUUAAGGCGGUGAAGACCAUUGGCUUGCGGUUCGGGUUCUUGCAGACUCUAUAUACUAGGGCUCUUGCUGAGCAUCGGCAUGACCAUGCAGCACGGAUGUGGCUACUUCACCUCCUCGGCUCGACCUUGUUUGCGAACAAGAGUGGAGGACACUACACUUCUGUCGAUUGGAUCGGCAUGUUGCAGCACCUUGAUCGGGUGUCAGAGUAUGCGUGGGGCGCCAUUGCGCUAGCUACACUGUAUGAUGCACUUGGUCAUGCCUCACGGAGGAAGACUAAGCGGAUGAACGGUUGCUCUUCCCUCCUGGUAGCUUGGGUGUUUGAGCACUUCCCACCCACCAUUAUUCAGCGGAUUGAGGUCCCCGAGUACACGGAGGACCAGCCCAGAGCGUGCAAGUGGAUGGAGUCACGGGCUGGGCAUGCAGGACUGAUGGAGAGGCUAGUUCUCUUCGAUGAGAUGACGGCAGAGGACGUCAUAUGGACACCGUAUGAGGAGCACAAGAAUCACAGAGAGCUGGACGUCCGAGCUUUAUACUCAGGCUACAUCCGGACUCCCAUCCGGGCGGUCGUGCGACCUCAUCUUCCUGAGCGUGUGCUGCGGCAGUUUGGGUACGUGCAGCCUAUCCCGCGACACCCAUCUGUCGUGAUGGGCAUGAGUUCUGCUGCGGAGGUCGUUGAUGCAGCAUACCUGGAUUAUGAGCCACACUUGAUUCCAGAGGGCGUCCCUAGUAUAGUGGAUGGAGCGGCAGUAGAUGAUUACCUGGACUGGUACACCGGUGUAUCUCACCGGUUCAUCAUCCCGGAUGAGAGUAGGGCCGAUCUCAGUGCUGUGGCUUCUUUGUGUCGGGCCGUUGAUUUGCUAGAGCAGGGACUUGAGGUCGACGGCGGUCCCCCUAGAGUUACACGCUCCCGCACUUUAUUAGAGAAGUGCCUCACUGUCAUCAGAGACUUGAGCAGGACCCAGGGGGUCGCUUUCGUUGGUGUACGAGGAGGCAGAGGUCGAGGCAGAGGAGGAGGCGGAGGUGGAGGUGGAGAUAGAGGAGGUGGCAGAGGCGGAGGCAGAGGUCGUAGGGGUAGGGUGGGUCGUAGGGGUAGGGGACAGUGA